AUGGCGCCGGCUACCUGCGGCUCCCUUGCCGUACGGCUCGGUCCCAGCUGCACCAUUUCUAACCUGGUCCAGGACACGGCGUACACCUUCUCGGCCAGGGAGAUCUGUACGAACGGCGCGCCCUUGGCCUCACCUUGGGGAUUGACUGAGGAGCCUAUCCGGACGGACUUGGUGCCAGCCGUCCAGCCACCAUCCUUCCUGGACCCCAAUGGCUUCAUCUCACCGUCAGAGCCGCCAACUAGGCUCAUCGUCAUCUUCGAGGUGGACCUACAGCUCGGUGAUCCGAGCACCACGUUAAGUUUGUGUCCGACGCUGUUGCCAAGCGCAACGUCCGAAGAUCCUGGCAUCUGCAACUGCGGCUCUGCGGAAGACUGCGCCGCCCUAUGCCUCACGCAAGCGAACAUGCAAGUGGAGCUUUUGAGCUCCCGUGUGCUCAUGGCCCAGUUUGGAUCCCUGCUCCGCCCGCUGACGGGGUGCCCCUACGUUGCACUCAUGGAGGCAGGGUUUCUGCAGACGCAGCUGACUCCCAGUCGUCCUUCGCCAAGGACCGAAUGGAGCUUCAUCUAUUGGCCGCCCAUACCCAGCGGCACUCUGAGCUUGUUCAGCGGCACGGUAACUUCGCUCACCGUUCGGGUCACCUGGAGCAUUCCAAUGACGACAACCUGUGGAGUUCUAGUUGGCUCCAGCCUAAUGCAGCAGACCGACCCUUUGGACUUUACGGGCAGUCGCGAGUUCCUGGAGGUUCGGAUCACUGGCCUUACGCCUUUCACGCAGUACACCGUCACUUGCACAGGCAGCGCCAUUGGUGACCCUAUGGUGACUGCCACUGUGUCAGAGAGCGGGUUAUCGACCGCACCGGACACCAACGAUCGACUCUCUGACAUUGUCGUCAGUGUCCAGGCUAUAUGCACUGUCGUCACCACCGUGAGCAACUCCACGAAUACUUCUGUCGCAAACGUUUCCCAAACGCUUGUUCCCGUCGUGGCUGCCUUUACCCCAGUGUUUGAUCCGCUAGUUCGCCAUUACCAGAUGGUCUUGGAUGCUGAGGAGGUGCGCGACCUGUGCAGCGAGAGCGACGUUGAAGCCCUCUUCAGGAUCGAGGUGGGUGCUGUGACGCAGAGUGCCUUUGCGACUGCUUCUGUUGACCAACCGGUUCAAAUCUUGGUCCAGCCACUUCCGGACGCGACCGGUUUCCUUCCACCUGAAGUGCCGCGGAGUCGCUUCAGCCAGGUGCGGCUCACUGUGGAACCGCCACAGCAAGGACAGACCUUGCCGCAAGACUACAUCUUGGAUGUAGUGGUAGGCGUUCUGGAUGUGCGUUUGGAGUCGGCUGGCAUACCGACGCUCCUGUCAGCUGAUGCAUCGUCUUCGGGGGAGUUUGUCAUCUCAGCACCGCGUGCUAUGGAGGCGUCCAGCCUGGGGCUUCGCAUCGGUCCUUUCCCGCAGCUUUUGGCCCUCACGGCUGUGGAGAACUACACUGAGAAUCUCCUUGAAAGGACCCGCUACAACUUCAGCGCCGCCAACCUGGUUGGGCUGGGCAGUCAGUUAACCAUCAUGAUACUGGUGCAGCCACCACCCGGGAGCGGCUUCCCGACACUUGAAGUCCGCACCAUCUUCGUGGUCAGCUUUCAGCAGCCAACGGUGACCUCGAUUGAAACCAACAUGAUCAACAACAGCGUCUCCCUGGUGCAGAGCACCGUGGUCACUGUGGUGGGGACCCAUCUGGCUGUCCCAGAUCAAUUCACUACUGAACCUUUGAGCGUCGAGAUCUUCGUAGCUGGUGUACCAGCAAACUGCACAACCUCCGACUGCCAAGAGCCUGCGCUGCAAGCCCUUCUAGAUGCCGGCGAGAUGAGUCUCUGUUCGGACCUCGUGGUCGUUUCCACGGAUACCUGUACAUGCAGCAUGGAGCCCACAGCCCACGCACAGCUUGCCAUUUGCCUCGUCCUUCGGACUGGCUUCUUCGCUGGCCGGUACUGCGCGGCCUUUGGGCCUCCGGCCUCCCUUCAGCCCGGCCAGCCUGCGGUGGGAGGCCUGUCGCAGCCAGUCCAGGACAUGUCGUCCUCGGAGCCCUUCAUAGUGAUCGUGGAUGGUGACCUUCCCUGGGACAACGUGUCGCAAGGUUACCUCCAGGUGUGGGCGACGCCUUUGUUCGACGUCCCUGCGGAUGUCUCAAAUCCAGGCAGCGGCUAUCAGCCGCUUUGCUCCCAGGCGGUCCGCAUGGACAACAACAGCAUCCUAUGCUUCCGAAGUCAGAACUUCAACGUCUCGCAGCUGGGAAGUUGGUCGAACGUCUAUGUGCAGAGUGGGCCAGAUGCCACCUCGACAAAUAUCGUUGAGCGGGCGCUUCAGAUCAAUCAGCCUCGCAUCUUCCAGAUCACUCGCAGCCAUGAGUUCGAAGUGGGUGCUCUUGAAGUCACCAUCCAGGGGGAGCACUUUGGCACUGAGGCGAAUGGCAACAUGGUGGUGCAGCUGGAGACCUUUGGGUCAAACACAACGGCGGUGCCGGAUCUGUCCCUUGCCGAAGACCUCGGCGAGCCGACCCACUUUGUGAAUUGCCAGAUCAUCGACCACCAGGACAGGGAGGUGCGCUGUCGCGUCGAGGAUCAAAGUCUUUUCGGUGCCGAGAUUUCAGGUGAAUACUACAAUGAGACCAUUGAAGUGGACGAGGGCCGCCGUCUGCAGGAAGGACAGCCUUUGGACCUGGACAGGUUGGCUCUUCGGCUGUCGCAGCUGCCUGUGGCCUUUUCGGUGUUUUAUGAGCUGGAUUGCAGCGUCCUCGAAAGGCUCAAUGAGACCUGCGGCAGCCGUCCUCAGAAUCUGUCUGCCCUGACGAGGCUUUAG